GUGGGAAGGGCGCGGGUCGAUGACGUCACGCGCGCGUCUCCGCCUCGCCUACGGUGGCCGGCGGGGCUCUGAGCCGUGUGGCCCUGCAAGCCGUGAGGAAGGAGGGGAGGACCUUAGAGUUCAGUGGCUUCGAGAAGAGGAAUGAUUGUGAAUAAUAUUUCCCUGUGCUACCACAACAAAAUCAUCCUAGCCCCUAUGGUUCGGGUGGGGACCCUCCCAAUGCGGCUGUUGGCCCUGGAUUAUGGAGCAGACAUUGUUUACUGUGAGGAGCUGAUUGACCUGAAGAUGCUUCAGUGCAAGCGAGUUGUCAAUGAGGUACUCAACACAGUGGAUUUUGUUGCUCCUGAUGACCGGGUAGUCUUCCGCACAUGUGAAAGAGAACAGAGCAGGGUAGUAUUCCAGAUGGGGACUUCAGAUGCAGAGCGAGCCCUUGCUGUAGCCAGGCUUGUAGAAAAUGAUGUUGCUGGUAUUGAUGUCAACAUGGGCUGUCCAAAAGAAUAUUCCACCAAGGGAGGAAUGGGAGCUGCUCUGCUGUCAGACCCUGACAAGAUUGAGAAGAUUCUCAGCACUCUUGUUAAAGGGAUUUGUAAACCUGUGACAUGCAAGAUCCGAAUACUACCUUCGUUGGAAGAUACUCUGAACCUUGUGAAGCGAAUAGAGAAGACUGGCAUUGCUGCCAUUGCAGUUCAUGGGAGGAAGCGGGAAGAGCGACCUCAGCACCCUGUCAGCUGUGAAGUCAUCAAAGCCAUUGCUGGAACCCUCUCCAUUCCUGUCAUAGCUAAUGGUGGAUCUCAUGACCACAUCCAAAAACAUUUGGACAUAGAAGACUUUCGACAAGCCACAGCUGCUUCUUCAGUGAUGGUGGCCCGAUCAGCCAUGUGGAACCCAUCUAUCUUCCUCAAGGAUGGUCCUCGGCCCCUGGAAGAAGUCAUGCAGAAGUAUAUCAGAUAUGCAGUGCAGUAUGACAACCACUACACCAACACCAAGUACUGCUUGUGCCAGAUGCUGCGGGAACAGUUGGAGUCGCCCCAGGGAAGGUUGCUCCAUGCCGCCCAGUCUUCCCAGGAAAUUUGUGAGGCCUUUGGCCUUGGUGCCUUCUAUGAGGAGACCACACGGGAGCUGGAUACCCGGCGGGCUGACCUCCUGGCCAGGACUCCAGAGGAGGUGGAAGAGUCAGCUGAAGAUAUCACUGGCAUCAUUAAGAUGGCUGUUAAGUUUGAUCGGAGAGCUUACCCACCCCAAAUCACCCCUAAGAUGUGCCUGCUGGAGUGGUGCCGUAGAGAGAAGUUGGCACAGCCUAUGUAUGAAACGGUCCAAAGACCACUAGAUCGCCUAUUCUGCUCUGUUGUCACUGUCGCUGACAAAAAGUACCAGUCCACCUUGUGGGAUAAGUCCAAGAAACUGGCAGAGCAAACUGCAGCCAUCGUUUGUCUGCGUAGCCUGGGCCUCCCUGAGGGUCGAGUGGGUGAAGAGAGUCCUUCCUUGCACAAACGGAAGCGGGAAGACCCUGACCAAGACCUCAGCGACCCCAGGGCUCAGGAGCCAGCACUGCCUGAGGAUCUAUGCAAGAAGUCCUUUGUGGCCUUUGGAAGUGGUGAAGACAACCCCCUGGAAGGCUGGUGACUGUUGUCCUUGCCCUGGUCUCUCCCUCUAUGGGCCUGCCAGAGCACAAACCAAAUGCCAAUGGACAGUUGGUUCCUGCCUUGCAGGAGUUAGAGGUCCAUGUCCAAGCGUAGGCUUUCAGCAUGGAGCACCAGCCAAGGAAUGCUCAGGGGUGAUCCUGUCUCCUCUGAUGGGUCUGAGUGGCAGGGCUAAGUUCCAGUGCCCUGAGUACUUUGAAAAAUAAGCUUUUCAGUCAGCCCCUCUUCAACUUGACAUUGAUACAGUGCAAUAAAGAUACCCUCAUCCA